AAUAGCUUCUGCCGGUGGACCCAGGUGGAAAGCAAGAGUGAAAGUGGGGCAUAGCGUGAGCUCACUACCUAUUCUGCAAGCCACAGGGCCACCACCAGCGCGUGAGCCUUGGAUCCCUCAACGUAUUGUGAGACGCCGGUGUACAGCCCGGACCUGUGCCCAAACAUGAUCGCCGCUCAGGCCAAGCUGGUUUACCAGCUCAAUAAAUACUACACCGAGCGCUGCCAAGCGCGCAAGGCAGCCAUUGCCAAGACCAUCCGAGAAGUCUGUAAGGUCGUCUCCGACGUGCUCAAGGAAGUGGAGGUGCAGGAGCCUCGCUUCAUCAGCUCCCUGAGCGAGAUCGACGCCCGCUACGAAGGGCUGGAGGUCAUCUCGCCCACGGAAUUUGAAGUGGUGCUCUACCUCAACCAGAUGGGCGUCUUCAACUUCGUGGACGAUGGCUCGCUGCCUGGCUGCGCCGUGCUCAAGCUGAGCGAUGGGCGGAAGCGGAGCAUGUCCCUGUGGGUCGAGUUCAUCACCGCAUCCGGAUACCUCUCGGCGCGCAAAAUUCGCUCACGUUUCCAGACGCUGGUGGCCCAGGCCGUGGACAAGUGCAGCUACCGGGAUGUGGUCAAGAUGAUCGCUGAUACCAGCGAGGUCAAGUUACGCAUCCGGGAGCGCUAUGUGGUACAGAUCACGCCGGCGUUCAAGUGCACCGGGAUCUGGCCUCGCAGCGCGGCGCAGUGGCCUAUGCCCCACAUCCCCUGGCCUGGCCCCAAUCGGGUGGCUGAGGUCAAGGCCGAAGGGUUCAACUUGCUCUCGAAGGAGUGCUACUCCCUCACAGGCAAGCAGAGUUCUGCAGAGAGCGACGCCUGGGUGCUCCAGUUUGGGGAGGCGGAAAACCGCCUGCUGAUGGGUGGCUGCCGAAACAAGUGUCUCUCGGUGUUGAAGACGCUGAGGGAUCGACACCUGGAGCUGCCUGGCCAGCCGCUCAACAACUACCACAUGAAGACCCUGCUGCUGUACGAGUGCGAGAAACACCCGCGAGAAACGGACUGGGACGAGGCAUGCCUGGGCGACCGACUCAACGGCAUCCUGCUGCAGCUCAUCUCCUGCCUGCAGUGCCGCCGCUGCCCGCACUACUUUCUGCCCAACCUCGACCUCUUCCAGGGCAAGCCCCACUCGGCCCUGGAGAGCGCUGCCAAGCAGACCUGGAGGUUGGCCAGAGAGAUCCUCACCAAUCCCAAAAGCCUGGACAAGCUAUAGGGUGCUGGGAGCUGCUUGAAAAGCGACACACCACAAGGCGCCCUCUCCAUACACACAACUCAAAAGAGAAAACAGCCAAAACUCUGGACAUAACUUUUCUGCAAACCACCCGAAAGAAAUGCGAACCAGGAAGAAGAGCUUCGUUAAUUAACAAGCUGAGAAAAAAGGAGGGCAAAGAACAAAUGCCUAUCACGUUCUUGCACAAAAGUAAUCGUUUUCUUCCGAACAAUGUGAAUUUAAAAGGUCACACAAAAGAAGCAAUCGGCUUUACCACCUCAAAAUGAAACCCAAGGUACAUUUUCAAAUCAAUGUAUAGUAGUUUUCCCUCUUUGUUCAUUCUCUCUCUCUCUCUUCUUCCGUCUCUGUCUUUUUUUCCCCUCUCUACUUUGAUUUCGUUUUUGGUUGCCUGAAUGUUGUCACCAAGUGAAAAAAAAAAAUUAUUUAACUAUAUGUAAAUUUUCUCUUUUAAAAACAGUUUUACUGAUGUUAAAUGUAUCUCAGUGCCAAUGUCAAACUGUCCCUUCCCUCUAUUGCACCUCUACCCUCUCCUUAACCAGUGUUGUUGAAACAGUAAUAAAAAUAUUACUUUA